CUCUGUUUAGUAGUACCAGUUUUACCGCGUACACUUUCAUGGCGCUAAUCAAAACCGAAAUUCGGAAAUAUUUAUCAACUUACCAACUAACCAACUUAGUUUGGAAAAACUAGCCUGCCUACUUAUUAACAAAAUAUUGGUAUAUUAAAUUUUGGUGGUACUGAACAUUAACAAUGACCACAUACCACAAGAUCUAUAUGAACCAUGUACAGUCCAGUAACCUCCAAUCACAGCUGUGUGCCAUGUGGAAAAAACAGACUCUCUGUGAUGCUGUCAUUAAAUCAGACACUACCUUAGUCAGGGCACACAGAGUAGUUUUAGUGGCCUCUUGUCCUAUGUUACAAUCUAUGGAGAAUUCCACCUCAGGUUCCCAUUUAGAAAUCCGUGUAACCUCUGACAUCUGUAGGGAGUCCAUCAUCACAUUUCUACAGUAUCUCUACGAGGGCUUUCUGAUGUUAACUGAGGAAAACUGCCGGCAGGUGGAGAAGUUAGCUCGGAUGUUCCACAUGGACAACAUCAUCAACUGCUGUGCUGACUUCAAUAAGUGUUUGUCCUCCUCCAGUCCCUUUAUCUAUAGCCCUUCAGAUCAGGCUGAAUUUAAACAUGUCCGAAUCACUAAGUUGAUGAAAGUGCAGGAUUGUUCUCAAAAGCGUUCACAGACAUUUGAAAAUUCAGGCAGGCUUCAAUCCAAGAGAUUCCAUCAGUCAACCUCCAGAAUAAAUGAAUCGUUUGAUAAUACCAGUAAUGAAAGUUGUACAGAGCAACAAGACUCUUGGCAAGGACGUGUUCAUUUUCAAAAUGGUACUAGACAAGAGGGGAUUGAGUUAUUCCAAGUUCCCCCAUCAAGGGACACAGUGUCAAAAACAGUUCCUCCACAAACUGUUUCUCUGUCUCUUACAACACAGUCCAGCACUUCAACAGAUAAAGGAACAAUCGAUUUUACCAAGUCCCAGACAGAAAUAUCUACCUCAGUGAACAAUCCUACCUCUGAUACCUUGAAUGAUACAGGUCUUGUUGAUCUGUCUAAAGUGUCUCCAUUCUCCACCCCUUGUAUAUCUGAAGUAAGAUCCUUACAGACUGUUGAUUCUAAUCCAGAAGAACGAUUACAAAGUGAUCCUUUCCCUGUUACACAUGCAGAAGUACUACAGUUUAGUGACUCUAUCUCACAGGGAUCUUCUGAUUCUUGCAUUUUAAUAACUGGGGGUGUGGGGAAAGACAAGCAACCAAAUCAAGAUUUAGCUUCACCAAUACAAAAGAUUGGAACACAAAACCAAACAAAGUCCCAGAGAAAACUUGGAGAAAAAGAAAGAAGUGAGCGAUGCCCAGAUUUUAGUGGAACAAUGGUUGACCUAAGUGCUGGAGAAGAUUUCACUAUUGUGAAAACAGAACCUGAAGAUUCAUUUUAUCCAGAGCACUACACCGAGCUCCGAAAUCCAGAGUCUUCUCAGCAGAAUAAAGGGCAGAUAACUCCAGUAGAUUGGUCCAUAAGUAACUUCUCAACAGAUGAAAACCCCCCUCUAGAAGAAAUGUCUCCAAGACAGAUAAACAGAGCAGAGAUGAUGACCAGUCCUAGGAUGUUGUACCCUGGAGGGAAGAACCCAGAAAUCUCCACUCAGAAGUUCAUAGCUACAUACACCGACAAAAGGGGAGUUAAUCACAGACUUAUCUCCCAUGCCCCAAAGUGUCUGCAGUGUGCCCAUUGUAAAACCGAGAAUAACAAGUUUGCUUCUGGAGAAAUUAGGAGGUCUUAUUACAAGUGUUCCCUUUGUGAUGUUCCGUUGUGUAGAACACAAGUGUUGGACUGUUUCUUUAAAUUCCACCAGAAAUAUGUACCAUAGUGUCCCAGUUACUGAUGAAGAAUCCAAGUGUGUAAUGUUUUUUGCAUGUACUUUUGAUUUGUUUUGUAUACAAUAUUACAGUAUUAAUGCAAUCUGCAUGGUAUGAUACAUGGUGUAUACUCCUCCAGUGCAUUGGUUGCAGGGACAAGGUACUUUCAAAUAGUUGUGCAAUAUAAUGGAAACACACUGAUUUGUUUUUGGUAUUGAUCAGUAAAUUGUGCAAUAGUACAUUUUUGCUUUACAUGAGAAA